AUGGAAGGUGUGGAGCCCGAGUUGAAGCAGUACGUGGUCAACCUCGUAUCUGCUCUGGGUGCUCCGGACAUUGCUGAUCCCCAGCAUGCCUAUAAGCUUGGUGACGAGGCGCUGGCAUGUCUUCGGGAUCUCAAAAAGUGGCUCCAUCUGUACGACGACAAACUCAAUCGGUGGGAUGUCGCGCGCGCGAUCUCGGAAACGUCUUUGGUUACCGUCGAUCUAAUAGAGAUUCUCUCGAGCUGGGAACUGAAAAAGCGAGCAAGCAUGUGUCCGCCGCACUACGACCGCAUCGCACUGGCUUGCUUGGAAUUACUGGUGCCAUUGACUUGGCCCAUUACGUUGGAUCCGGCCGUGUCGACAGUAAACCACUCGCGAAACUAUCCAUUUUUGAGGGAUGCUCGCGAAAAGUAUAAACGGGCCUUGCUAACCCACCCUCAGCAUGUGGUUUUCCGCGCUGUAUUGCGACUGGCGGUCCCUUCGCUCAAACUAAAGCCAUUAGAUCGAACCGCGCGCGAUGAAGGAAUUCUCAAAUUGGUCGUGUUGCUCUUCCGCAAUUUGCUCGAAAUCUCGCCAACAGACCAGAAAAACGAUGAUAUUGGCCGAUCUGCGACCAUACAAGAAUUUGACCGGCAAAAAGUGCUCGAGUUUCUUAUCACCAUGGCUGCAGGAAUGGGGUCUAAUUUCGAUGUCCAAGAUGUGUCUGUGCUCGAGUCAUUGUACUAUUUGCUGAGAGGCAUUGACGUGGAGCGGAUCUUCAGUGGAGAAAGUAGCAAAGAUGUCGUGAAGCGAGACCUUGUGUCCCUUCUAGAGGCCGAGAAACAGCUGCAACGAAGCGCUUUCCAGCCCACCCGGCAUAGUCGUUUCGGAACGCUGGUUUCCAUGAGUGUUCCUGGCGAGGGACGACUGAGUGUUAGUGGACAGCGGGCAAUUUCUGGUGUGAAACAAACCCUGGAGGAUAUCGACGAUAAAAAGAAAUGGCACAAACCAAAACGGAGGACUAACGACGAGAAAGAAAAAUGGAACGUUACAGAAAGCCUAACUGAAGAAGCAGCCGAUGCGGUUGUCAAGUUCACCAACAAAUUUAUUGACACUGCGUUCAACCCUUUAUUUAUCAAAAUUCGUGGACUCAUUGAACAAGACAACGACAGAAUCGUUGCCAACAACUAUGUGCAUUUUCUUUAUCUUGUUGGGUGGUUUCUGAGUGCAGAGCAGCAGAGACACCCACAAAGGAGUGAUUUUCAACUUGUGGGAAGCUGCUUGAAUCACAACACAUUUAUUGUCGUGAUGAAUUUGCUCAACAAGGGAUACGAAAUGGGCGAGUCUAGAAGUACGGAUUUAGUGCAUUCAAGCAUGUUCUGCUUCCGAAAUAUUCUCAUGCUGGUUCGUGAGAUGGGAUUCAAUUCCGACCCAGAAUGGGUGGACGCAGCAGACAGUAUCAAAGCUCGUCUAUUUUACCAGGAACUUUGGCUGGACUUGCUCGCACAACUUCCCAAGUAUGCGAGCAAAAAAUCCUUGUCUUUUGCCGUAGAGUGCGUAGAGCUGACCCAUGUCUUGCUCAAAAUGCUCCAAGAAUACUCGCAGCAGCACACAUAUGUCUUUGUCAAGGCCAAACGCCAGAGAGCAAAGAAGUCCAAGUCAAAUGCCCCAAGAUUUGAACCAGAAUAUGAAGGCUCCGACGAUGAGUCUGAAAUCCAAGAGGCUGAUCGUGUCACCACUGAGCGGAAGUUUGAGUUUGCAAAGUUCGAACGCAAGUAUUACAAUGAACACACUCUUGAUCUGUAUGAAGUGAUCUUGUCUAAUUUCCGCGACGUGGAAGACCGUAUUAUCCAGCAUGUUUUAGCAUUUUUUCACCGGCAUUUUGUCAAGGCCGGAAACCGGGUUCUUUUCUAUCGGCUCAGCAUGAUCAAGCAUCUCACCACUCUGACGAGCUCCCAGAAUGGCUUGGCAUCGGCAAGCCCUUUGAAAAAUCAGGUCACACUGUUUAUGAACUACUUUACAAACAAGUUAAUUGCGGCUCUGGACCGUACGCCCUCCCUAUUUGUGGAGAUUCUCUUUGAUAAAAUGCAGAGUGAGAUUUUCUACUUGGAACAUGGCCAUGACAAGGCCGAUUCUGGAACUCUGAAGGCACCCGAGUACGAGCUUGAACUGAAAGAUGAUAUGUCGCAAGAACAGAGUUUCGCAGUAACGGUUGCCGCGUUGCUUGACCAAGACAAAAAGAGCCAUGUUACGUGGGUUCUCAACACGCUUCAGCCGUUCAUAGAUUUGGCUUCGGAAACACCGAUUUCACGUCCGCUCACCACCGAUCGUCAAAAGAUCAAGGUUUUGUACGGAGAUCCUCUUCUUAGGUUGCUGAUGCGACUUAUAGGCUGUACUUGGGUGCAGAACAAGUACAUUGUGCCUUCAACGCUUACCGCGGUUGAACUUGUGACUGCAGUCGAUUUGAUAUCCAAAUAUUUGCAUGAAGCCGUUGACUUUGGUGAUAAUCAAGUUGCAAACGACUUCCUCGAGUCUGCUAAACCCACUGAAGAGGCUCCAGAAAGCUCCGCUAGUGAGGAGGAAGAUGAGGUUGACGGGUUUGCAGAUCCCCGACUGCAACCUCUCAGUGCCGAGGAGCAAAAAGCCCGCAAGAAAGCCAAGCUUGCCAUAAGUAAAACACGCAAACGGGCAAGAGCGGCUGAGGAGGACGAGCCUGCCGGCAAAAAACGACGGUCGGCUGAAGCCCGCGAUGAGCAAAGACGGCGUGAAAUCAAGACUUCGGUCUUUGUCGACAGCUCUGAUGACGAUAUGGGCGGAGACGACGCUACAAUUUCUGAAAGAGUCGCGUCAAUAAAAGAACGUGCUGAGCCUGAGGACGACGAUAUCCCCGAACCCUCGACUUUACGCAGGCAAUUGUUUGUAGACGAUGAUGAUAGUGAUUAA